AUGGCUUCGUUAAAGAGUCUCUAUGAGCCGAAUACGAAUUUGGGGAAUGCGUUGCACACGAACUUUGAUGUCGAUUUCGUGAUUGACUAUCGAUUUGCUACCACAAGCAAACAAGCAGCAGAAUCCCAAUUCACAGCCCUCAUCCACGCCCUCAACUCCGUCGGCCUCACCACCGAAGUCCGCAACGGCGACAACUGCGCCGUCCUCAUCUUCAUCAAAGUCGCCUCGCCCCGCCAUCUCCGCGCCGAAGUCUACCGCAGCAGAGUCCAAGACUGGCUCUAUGGCGUCCGCACCAUCGCCCCGGAAAAGGAUAUGCAAAAGGCGUUCACCGCUGAACCUAUCAUCGAAGCGGAGCGUCUGAGAUUGGUAUACCUCUUGAUCACGAAGCCGAAGAAUGAGGGUGGUGCGGGUAUCACGCCGAAGAGGGGGGAGUGGAAAUGCGUCGAGUCGAUCUUCGCGCUGCAUGAUCAUACGUUUAAUAAAGCGUGGAUCAAGGAUCUGACGUCGAAGACUUUUUUGACGCAGAAGGAUCUUACGGAGAUUCGUAAUCGGUUUGGCGAGAAAAUUGCGUUUUAUUUUGCGUUUUUGCAGUCUUAUUUCAUGUUCUUGACGUUUCCGGCUGGAGUGGGAUUUUGUUCGUGGGUGCUCCUAGGGGGCUUCUCGCCGGUUUAUGCGGUGAUUAAUGGCUUGUGGUGUGUGGUCUUCGUCGAGUAUUGGAAGAAACAAGAGACGGAUCUUGCGGUUCAGUGGGGUGUGAAGGGUGUUUCUAAGAUUCAGCAUAAGAGACCGGAUUUUAAGCAUGAGAGUGUGGUGAGGGAUCCUAUUACCGAUGAGGAGGUCAAAGUCUACUCCCCUGUCAAGAGAUUGUCGAGGCAGAUGCUUCAGGUUCCGUUUGCUUUAGCGGCGGCUCUUAUUUUGGGGACCUUGAUUGCUACCUGUUUCUCUAUUGAGGUAUUCAUCUCGGAGGUUUAUGGUGGACCAUUCAAAAGCUACUUGGUUUUCUUGCCUACUGUUAUUCUAACUGUUGCGAUGCCAACUCUCUCUGCGAUGCUUACCGGAUUCGCAGCCAAGCUUACUGAUUUGGAGAACUACGAAACCGUCGCUGCACAUGAAAACGCCAUGGUUGGAAAGAUCUUCGUCCUGAACUUCAUCACCUCAUACAUGCCAAUCUUCUUGACAGCAUUUGUCUAUGUGCCAUUCGCACAAGUCAUCGUGCCUUACCUAGAUGUCUUCCAAUUGGCCGUCAAGCCAUUUGCUGAGAAUGAAAAGCAAAUGACAGCGCCAAAAGCUGGAUUCCAGAUCAACCCUGAUCGUUUGAAGAAACAAGUCAUCUACUUUACCGUUACAGCUCAGAUUGUUGGAUUUGCUCUCGAACUUGUCGUUCCAUACAUCAUGCGAACCGUCUUCAAGAAGGUCAAGGAGGUGAAAGCUGAUCGCGCCAGUAAGAAAGGAGGUGCCACUGCAACUUCUACAGCAGAUGAUCAUCCUGAGGAGUCAGCCUUCCUAGUAAGAGUGAGAAAUGAAGCCGAGUUGAGCAUUUACGAUGUGACAACUGAUUUCCGGGAGAUGAUUGUUCAAUUUGGCUACCUCUCCCUUUUCUCAGUCGUUUGGCCACUAACAGCUGUCUCCUUCAUCAUCAACAACUGGAUCGAACUCCGCGGCGACGCCCUAAAGAUCGCCCUUGAAACUCAGCGUCCCGUCCCUUGGCGCGCUGAUUCAAUCGGUCCAUGGCUCGACGCCCUCGGCUUCCUCUCCUGGCUAGGAAGUCUCACCUCCGCAGCCCUCGUCUACCUCUUCAACGGCAACGACUUCGGUCCCGGCGGCAACCCCUCCAAUAUCAAGAUCUGGGGUCUCCUCCUCACCAUCUUCUUCUCCGAACACCUCUACCUCGGCAUCCAACUCGGGAUCCGCACCGCGCUCGGCAAGAUCGACAGCCCGGGUCUCCAAAAAGAACGCUCUGAACGGUUUGCGGUGCGCAAACAGUAUUUGGCUGAGAGUAUGGGUCAGGAAGCUGCUGAGGAGGCGGCUGAGGGAGGUAUUGCUGGAGGUGAGAAGAUUAAUAGGAAGAGUCUUGAGGAUGAGGCGAGAGAUAGUACGUUGCAGGGGCAUGGGACGCCUGAAGAGAGGUUCUGGGGGAGACAGAGGGGUGUGGAUGAGACGUUGACCGUCGGGAGGAGGUAUAUUCAGCAAGCUGCGCCGAAGGCGUCGCCGAGGGCUGGGGGGGAGAAGAAGGAGUUGUGA